CUGGACAUCGAUGUGGACUCAUCAGCUUGCUUAAAAUCCAGCGUUCUGCUAGCUGCUCUUUGCUUAGUACAUAUCCUGGUCUGCUCGAACGCACAAGUACUCUAUCAGCUGCAGUUUUUAAACGAUCUCUGGAUGUUGCACUUGGAAUGAUAGAUCGACCAAGAAUGUUACGUUUCUCUAAUCCGUUUUCAGUUUUUUCAAGAAGCGCAAUUCACAGUGUACGGCAGGUACAGUUAAGUAUGAGCUACCGUGGGCAUCGGCAAGAGAACGGGGUGAGGGAUGAAGAUGUUGAGAAGCAUGCUUCCCACAAUGGAGUAGUUCUGCGUGAGACAAAAGAAAAGAAAACAACAAAAAUGAAAAUUCUUGACCCACAUGGGCAAAACCUUCGAAUCUGGAGGAUGAUUUUUGUAGUGUCUUGUGUGAUUGCAAUAUCAGUGGACCCUUUGUUCUUUUACAUUCCCGUGAUCAAAGGACAUGAGAACUGCCUUGAGCUGGAUAAAAGAUUACAUGUCAUAGCUAUUUGUUUGCGAGCGGUGACCGACUUGAUUUAUAUGGUGAAUAUCAUUUUGCAAUUUAUCUGUCCAUAUAUAGACAAUGGCGCCCGUAAAGUUGGAAGAAUUAAGGUUGUUACAGAUGCUCGGCGAAUAGCAAAGAGGUACAUGUUCUCGUGGUACUUCCGAAUUGAUAUUCUUGCUAUUCUUCCCCUCCCACAGGUGUUAGUUCCAAUUAUUUUUUCAGAGAUGAAAGGCUCAAGCUAUUUGUACAAAAGAAAGGUUCUGAGUGCUAUUGUUCUUCUCCAAUACGUGCCAAGAGUUAUUCGGAUCUACAUAUCAUGGAGGAAACUUAUCAGGACUGCUAACAUAAUUGCUCGAAUUGUUUGGGUUAAAGCUGCAUUCAAUUUCUUUCUGUACAUCCUUGCCAGUCAUGUACUGGGUGCCUUUUGGUACUUAUUUUCUAUCCAACGAGAGACCGCUUGCUGGUACAAAGCCUGCAAAAAGCAAACUAGCCAAUGCCCAAGUUCUUUCAGUUGUAGCAGCAGAGUUUCCGAGUCCACAAAUCACACAUUUUUAAAUGAUUUUUGUAGCCCCCUAGAAAAAUCAAAUGCAACUCAAUUUGAUUUCGGAAUAUUUCUUGAAGCCAUUAAGUCAGGUACCGUGGCGUCCACAAAUUAUCCCAAAAAGAUACUGCACUGUUUCUGGUGGGGACUGCGAAAUUUGAGUUCUUUGGGUCAAAACCUUCAAGCCAGCACCAAUUUCUGGGAAAACUGCUUUACGAUUUUUAUUUCGAUCUUUGGCUUGCUGCUCUUUUUGUAUUUCAUUGGUAAUGUGCAGACAUAUAUGCAGUUGACAACUGAAAGGUCCGAGGAAGUUAUACAAAAGAUGAAAAUUAAAGAACGACACAUAGACUUGUGGAUAACGAGAAACGGGCUCGAUGAUAAUUUAAGACGGCAGAUCAUGCCCAACAUACAGCGGAUUUUGGAACAAGAUAUGGAUGUUGAUGCGCAGAAUCCGCUCCCUCAUCUUCCCAUAGCGCUUAGAAAAGAUAUUAAGCGCUAUCUUUGCUUACCUCUGCUAAAGAAAGUGCCAAUGCUCCAAACAAAAAGUGAAAAGCUGUUGCAAUUGAUCUGCGACAGCCUCAGGCCAGUGUACUACAACGAGCGCACCUACAUUGUUCGGGAGGGAGAACCACUUGAUGCAAUGAUUUUCAUCACGCAAGGCAUUGUAUGGAACUUCACAACCAGUGUCAGGGCUACUGACGGAACUGUCUCCUUAAGUGCAGGGUGUAUUGAAAGUGGCCAUUUCUUUGGAGAAGAACUUCUAGAUUGGGGGUUCGGAGGUUGCUCCAUACCAAGCCUUUCCAACCCUCCAGUCUCUACCAAGACUUUCAAAACCCAUACAAAAGUUGAAGCCUUUGCUCUAAUGGCAAAAGACUUGCAGACACUCUCCAAGCGGCCAACGGAAGCAACAUCUGAAACGGAAGCAGCAUCUGCUUUACAAGCAGCUUGGCGACGCUUUCAUGAAAAGAAGACUACUAUUGAAACGGACACCACGUUGGCAAAGAAACCAACAACUAGCCAUCGUGCUCCUCGCGCUUCAGGAUUUCUAAAAGGACUGACACCCGUCGUUGAUGGUGCGCGAAAAUUUAAUAGUCUCUAGUGAAAGUCAAAUUUAAGCUUUGGCUAUCGACCGGGUGCUUGUGGUGUGUUUCCAUUCCAGAUUGAUAAACAAUUACAAUUAUAUGAACAAUUACAUUUUGUGUUCUGUAAAUUACAAGGGCCAAAGCAAAACAAGGUAAUGGAGUUUGCAUUAA